UCAGUUUCCAUGGUGCAAACACACUAACACUCCAACCAGUUAAGGUGGCCCACAGCACAGAGCUCCUUGGAAAACAAUUCUGUCAUGGAGGUGUCAAAAAUAUCAGACAUGACCAAGCUCCACCAGGCUGUGGCUGCAGGGGACUGCAAUUCAGUGAAGAAGAUUUUGAAGAAAGGUCUCUGUGAUCCAAACUACAAGGAUGUAGACUGGAACGACAGGACCCCACUUCACUGGGCUGCGAUCAGAGGGCAAAUGGAGGUGCUCCAUCUCCUGAUACAAUAUGGAGCGAGACCCUGCUUGGUAACUGAUGUGGGGUGGACGCCGGCUCACUUUGCAGCUGAGUCAGGACAUCUGAAUGUACUCAAAGCUCUGCAUGCACUUCACGCCGCCAUUGAUGCUGCCGACUUCUUUGGAGACACGCCCAAGAGGAUUGCACAGAUCUAUGGUCAGAAAGACUGUGUGAACUUCCUGGAGAUGGCGGAAUGCGAAUGCAGGGACCACCGCCAGAGAGGGCUGUUGUUUGAUGAGCGGGAUCCAGAUUGGGACCUCAAGAAAAGGGAGCUAGAGCUGUCCCUUCCAGCUCCGGAGCAAAACACCAACAAAAAGAAGAAGAGAACCGGAGGAUCCACCAGACUUAACCAUUCCAACCCCUGGAGGGUAUGAGAAG